GGAAGACGAAGAAGCAGAAGCGACACCCCCUUAGGUUCUUCAUCUGUCUCCGGGACUAAUAGACGGCCGCGUGUCGCUCCGUCCGGUGCAAAAAUAUUCGUGAGAAUUCGAGCCGCUGACUCUAAUUGAUUCCGCCAACCUCGCAAGAUGGGCAAGCCGCGUGGUUUGAGGACGGCCAGGAAGCACAAGGAUCACCGCAAAGACCAACGCUGGUGCGACAACGACUACAAGAAGGCACAUCUGGGCACCAGAUGGAAGGCCAACCCUUUCGGUGGAGCGUCACAUGCCAAGGGAAUCGUACUCGAGAAAGUGGGCGUGGAGGCGAAACAACCCAACUCGGCUAUCAGGAAGUGCGUUCGAGUGCAGCUCAUCAAAAACGGCAAGAAAGUGACCGCGUUUGUCCCUCGCGAUGGAUGCCUCACCUACAUCGAGGAAAACGACGAAGUCUUGGUUGCUGGAUUUGGCCGAAAGGGUCACGCCGUUGGAGACAUUCCCGGUGUGCGCUUCAAGGUAGUCAAAGUGGCCAACGUGUCCCUGUGGGCGCUUUACAGGGGCAAGAAAGAGAGGCCCCGCUCCUAAAUAACCCAACGCAACUGUCAAUGGUGUAAUCAAAAGAGAGAGAAAAUAAAACGCACAAAAACUUUUUACAAUAAA